AACAUCCUAGUCGACAGCCUUGCGUACGUCAAACGUGUGGACGAUGAGCAGGCACGGUUGGCCACAGAGGCGUCUACUGCCGACAAGAUCCAUACGCUUAUGGACCACAUCAAGCACCACCGCGAGUUGCUCUACUUGCUCGCAGUGUUCCACCAGCAGUGCUCCAAGGCAGGCAUUGCGCCAGGCAGCUCCCGCCAGCAGUCGUGGAGGUUCUACUGGGUGUACAUGACACAGUUGAAGCCGUUGCACGAUUCGUUCUGGGAGUUGUGCCGACUCGUGGAGAUCGCCAACCAUCCUCACCGGCUCCGGUGGGACGUGCGGGACGUGGGGUUGUUGGACCCCAACAACUUCGACCCCGAGGUGUAUGCGCAGUUGCAGACGGGACGCUUCGAGGGCGUGGAUUUCAGGGACGUUCAA